AUGAAUCGUGCUCUACGAUCACAAGAUAUUGAAACUUUUAUGAAAAUGAGAUUUUUUAUUUGUGAUCUUCAUCAACAAAUUUCAAAUAUGUAUAAUGAACAAAGUGAUCGACACAAAGAAAUAACAGUAUAUCGUGGUCAAAGUAUGUUAUUAGAUGAUUUUGAUAGAUUGAAAAAUAGCAUCGGUGGUCUUCUUUCAUUCAAUAGUUUUUUAUCAACCAGUCUAGAUUUAAAUGUUUCAGUACAAUUUGCUAUACGUGCAGCCGAGAAUCCAAAAGUAAAUGCAAUACUCUUUCAAAUGACUAUUGAUCCGACAAAAUCAUCCGUUCCAUUUGCUUAUUUAGAAGAAAAUAGUUCUUACAAAUAUGAAAAUGAAAUUCUUUUCUCUAUGCAUACUAUUUUUCGUAUUAUUGAUGUUCUACAUAUUCAAGAUCAAUAUUGGCUCGUUAACUUAAGUCUAACAAGUGAUAAUGAUCCAACACUCAAAGUAUUGACUGAUCAUUUUAGAAAAGAGAUUGGAAAUGGUAAUCCUUUAGAUCGAUUAGAAAGUUUAAUGUUAAAAUUGGGCGAAUUCAAUCAAGCUGAAGAAAUCUUUGGUACACAACUCAAUUCUGAAAAUGAAAAAACUUGGCGUAGUCAAGCUCAUAUCAAUCAUCAACUUGCAUAUGUUUAUAGUCAUAAGGGUGAUUAUACAGCUGCUUUAUCACAUUACAAAAAAGCACUUGAAAUGGAAUUGAAUUAUAUUGCCGAAGAUGAUUCGUCAUUGGCUCCUACCUACAAUAAUAUUGCUGGAGUACAUCAUUCAAUGGGGGGAAUAUUCAUUAGCUCUAUCUUUUUAUAG